UGCCGUGUGGCAGCCGGGAGAUGCUGCCCACCUCUUUGUCUCCCCCUCAGCUCUCUGGCUCUCCGAGAGCAUCUGUCACCACAGGGGGUCAGCAGGGCCAAGAUGAAUGAGCCCCCAGUCAAUUCACUCCUCAGCAAAUGGCACCAAGCAGGGGAGGGGACAAGGGACUGAGGGGGAGGGUUGUGGGCUCGCGCGCGUGUGUGUGUGUCAAAGAGAGAGGCAGAGGGGUUCCGAUGUAGAGAGAGGAGGAACAGGAUUGUCUGCCUUUAGUGUGUGGAGUAUUAGGACUAAGGAACUGGUGGCUUAAGGAAUGUCAGAUCAGAAAUAAACUACUUAUCUGCCUGGAUAUCCUUCUACUUUUCUUUUCCCUGGAGGACUUACCUUUUCAAAAUGGACUAUUCCUGAAAUAAGGAUUCCUUCACGUUUUGGAAGAUUAUUUUUGGGGGCAUUUGGACUGUGCGGUUGAGGAACCAUGGAAGGUCUAAAGUUCUGCUGCUGAGAGAAAUGACAUCGGCAGAAGUUUUCAUACAGAGUUUCUGACCCAGCAUGUAGCAGAGGUGAACCUGUCCCCUUCACACCUGGGAGUUUUCACACAAGAUCAUGGGGAAUUCGUACGCGGGGCAACUGAAGUCUGCUCGCUUCGAAGAGGCUCUCCACAACUCCAUCGAGGCCUCCCUGCGCUCCAGCAGUGGAGACCCCCAACCCAUCUUCACACAACUGUACCUGGAGCCGGACCUGUACCCCAGCAGCAUGGAGGACGUGAAGCCCAAGGUGGACCUGUCCCUGCAUGGCGCCACCCCCCCGGGUGGGGAGCUGCUCAAUGGCCACGCCUCCCUCAGCGUGGAGGAGCCGGAGGAGGAGGAGGACUCCGACACCAGCAGCCCGCCUCUGCCCUACCUGCAGGGCCCCGCCCCCGACGGCUGCUGCACCCUGGAUGGGUUCUGCCAGGCCGGCAAAGACCUGCGGCUGGUAUCCAUGGCAACAGAGGCCAUCGAGGUCCCCCUGGGGUUCGAGCUGGUGGGCGCCAAAUCCCCCAGCGUGCCCGAGCACAUCCUGCUGUGUGCAGUGGACAGGCGUUUCCUGCCUGACGAGAAUGGCAAAAAUGCACUUUUAGGGUUUUCUGGAAACUGUGUUGGCUGCGGAGAGAAAGGGUUCAGGUAUUUUACAGAGUUUUCGAAUCACAUCAACCUGAAGCUGGCCACUCAGCCAAAGAAGCAGAAGCACUUAAAAUACUAUCUGGUGAAGAACUCUCAGGGCGCUCUCUGCAAAGGACCCCUCAUCUGUUGGAAAGACUGCAAGAUGAAGCAGUUCAGCAGCAAUGCGUCCACCUCCAAGCUCAGCUCCUCCUCCUCCUCCCUGAGCACCAAGGAGAACGGAGGCAUCAACGGACACGGCUCGUCCCUGCUGUCCCUGUCAGACUCCCCUCCAACCAGAACCACAUCCGGCUCGUCUGUCUUCUUCGGGGGCCAAGACAUGAGCCGUGACAGCAGCUUCACCAAGCCUCUGACCUCCACCCCAGGAACCAAGACCCUCCCCAUAGUGCCCACCGUGCUGAGGGUGAAUGGUCCUAGCAAUGGACUGGGGACUGACGUGCGCCCCCCCUUACUGAGCCCCUCCCAGGUGACCCUGGGCCCCAAGGGCCAGGGGUACAGACCCUCGGACCAGGGAGAGAGCCCUGUUUCUUCAGCCAUGACCUCGGGGCCACCCAAGAAGCGCCACCGCAGUUGGCACCCCAACGUUCUGCCAGUCCCUCCUACUGCCGUCCCUGUGCCUGCCAUCAGGCCCCUCGUCUGUCCCCCAGGCUCUGUGUUGGCCAUGCCCACUCCCCAGCCUCCGGUAGCAGGGGUCCUACUCCCACAACCAGUCACUGCUGGAGAGACCGUAAUCGUCCCUGACAACCUGUUAAAUACUGCAGGAGUCCGCCCAGUCAUCCUCAUAGGGCAUGGUACUUUGCCCUACUUCUAUGGAAACGUGGGGGACAUUGUGGUGAGCCCCCUGCUGGUGAGCUGCUAUAACAGCAACCUGCUCACAGACAAGACCAUGGAGAGCCUUGGUCUGAGCAGCAGCCAGCUGCUCAACGUUGAGACCAUGAUCCUGCUCACCUUACAGUACCUCGCACGGCUAGGCGCAGAGCAGAUCCCUCUGAGGGAGGAGUUUGAGCAGAUCGUGCUGAAAGCCAUGCUGUGUUGCCCCGGCGGCCCGUCCAUCUCCCCCUCCCAGCUGCCCUGGCUGGCCCGCCUGGAGGCCAGCGUCUCCGGGGGGGGCGUCCAGGUCCUCGUGACCCACAACUCCCUGGGGGAGGGCAUCUCGGAGUCGCUGCGCUCCCUCUGCGAGGGCCCUCCCCACCAGCAGAGCCUACCCGCCUACGUGGUCAUCAUCUGUGCCUCCAAGAUGAGCGGGAACCAGUUCUGCGUGCUGGUGCUGGGGAAGUACCAGGCGCGGGCCCUGGCUGAGGGCAUGCUCACCACCAACGAGUUCCUGAAGGAGAUCAGCUAUGAGCUCAUCACUGGGAAAGUCAGCGUGCUGGCAUCUCACUUCAAAAGCACCUCUUUGGGGGACAAUCUGGACAAACAGUUGGUGCGUUACCAGCGGCGACGCAAGGGACAGGUCAUCCAGCCCUUCCAGGGCGAUGUCACUGAUCACAUCCACUCCCAGGAGGCUGCCAGCAUGGUGCCACCCUCCCAGCCAGACCUGCUGAGGGACGUGUUCCAGAUCCACCCCCCUCAGCUCAGUGUGGCCAGGAGCCUGCUCUCCCAGGUCUGCUCCAUCGCUGACUCGGGCAGCCAGAGUCUGGACCUGGGGCGCUUCUGCAAGGUGGACUUCCUGGUCCUAGUCCCGCCCUCUCACGUGCUGGUUCACCAGACCGCCCAGCGCAUCCGCCAAUCAGGGGUCCUGGUGGACCUGGGUAUCGAGGAAGCCUCCUUGGCCCACCAGAAGUCCGACAAGUACGUGGUUCGGCUGGACGGAGACGUGCACGCCAAGAUGGAGGCCUUCAUGAGGAAGGUCAAACAGAACCCCUACACCCUGUUCGUCCUCAUCCACGACAACUCCCACGUGGACCUGACCAGUGCCCUCUCUGGGUCUGUGUGUCACGGGGAGCUGCAGGGGCUGGCAGACCGGGUGGUCAACUGCCAGGAGGUGCUGGAGGCGGUCAACCUGCUGGUGCUGCAGGUCAGCUGUUUCCCCUUCACCCUGCAGACGCGCCACUCGCGCAUCAGCGUCCACAACGAGGUGCACUGGCCCUCCAGCGACAGCCUGGGGGAGCCCUCUCCUCAGGAGCUGCAUUACUUUGGGCUGAGGGACUACAGCUCCUCCCUGCAGUGGGGCGUGGCCAGCCCCAUCCUGCGCUGUGACGACGCCUUCGAGAAAAUGGUCAACACCCUCCUGGAGAGACACCCCCACCUCCACAGCAUGGUGAUCCGCAGCUACCUCCUGAUCCAGCAGUACACCGAGGCCAUGAUGGCCCUGACCUCCUCCCCCUCCCUGAGGGACCACAUCACCCCGGAGACCCUGGCCAUGGUGGAGGACCUGAUCAGCGCCCCGGGCCGCGAGGGGGCCAGGGGCCGGGGCCACAUGCUGCUGGUGCGGGUGCCCUCCCUGCAGCUGGCCAUGCUGGCCCGCGAGCGCCUGGAGGACGUCCGCAACAAGCUGGGCCUGCAGUUCUGCUUCGCCGUGCUGCUGGGCAGCCCCGCCUCCGAGCUCAGCCUGCCGCAACACUUUGCCAACCGCAUCCGGGCGUGGAGGGGCUGUGAGAGUGAAGACUGGGUCCCUCACACGUACAAAGACCUGGAGGGGCUGCCCUGUAUCGUCAUCCUCACCGGGAAAGACCCGCUCGGAGAGACCUUCCCAAGGUCUCUCAAGUAUUCGGACCUGCGUUUGAUCGACUCCAGCUACCUGACCCGUACAGCUCUGGAGCAGGAGGUGGGUCUGGCCUGCACAUACGUGUCCGUGGGGGUGGUCCAGGAACCCCGGGGGGCCACGCCUCACCCGGACCCCGAGGGAGAGAAGGGGGCCAUGGGCCCCAACGAGGGAGAAGAGCUGGAGAGGCCCCAGAGCGCCAGCAGCGCCACCACCAGGGCCUCCGGCUCCGUGACGGAGAACGGCGUCAGCUCCUCCGACAUCCCAGACUCGUCCCAGAAGCCCUGCACGUCGUCCGGCGUCCCCGUGCCGGGCGUCACCAAGGAGGGCAGCACGUCCCCUCGCAGGGUCAAACAGGAGUGCGACUCCCUGGGCAGUCAGCUCCCUGCUGGGACCCAGGCGUCCAACCCGCAGCCCUCCUUCUGCUCCAGCUCCUCCUCUUCCUCCUCCUCCACCCAGAGGCCCAGCCAAUCCACACAGUGCGGGCGGGCCAGCAGGGCGGGACAUCAGGCCAGGGUCUCGCCGCGGACGGUCAUUCUGUCGCGGGCGGCUUACAACCUGCUGGCUGGGGAGUCAGGGAGCCAGCUGAGCUCCUUCUCCCUGCUGCCGCACGCUGACGUGAGCUGGACGAGCCCUCUGAGGCCCGUAAUCGUCCCCAACCUCCAGGGGGCAGAGCAGAGCCUGCACUACCGCCAGUGGACCGGGGCCAGACAGCACCACGCCGACUACGAGGCUCCUCCCUUCCCACAUCCACGCCGCCUGCUUCUCAGUGGACCCCCCCAGGUGGGGAAGACAGGAGCCUACCUGCAGUUUCUCCGCAUCCUGUUCCGCAUGCUGGUCCGCCUCUUAGAGGUGGAUGUGUACGACGAGGAGGAGAUAGGGGAAGCGAUGAGCGACACGUCAGAGGGCCCGCCUGUUAGCAGCCAGUGGCCGGACGUUGAGGAUAUACGCAAACUGCCCUUUGACCUCUUCCCUCGAGACCCCAAGUUCAAGAGUGUCAGCCCCGUUUACACAGACAAGAUGCCACCAUCCUUGAAAGAUCCCAAAGUGGAAGGAGAGAGCCAGCCUGCCAAAAGAGAGACGGUGUCCAUUCGUCUGAGCAUGUUCGCGGCCCACAAUGCCUUUCACCACUGCGAGCAGUGCCACCACUACUGUGAAGCCGGACCUGUGACACAGCUGGCCGAGUGCACGUUCCACGCCUUCACCUUCUGCUCCUCCAUGCUGGGAGAGGAGGUCCAGCUGCACUUCAUCAUCCCCAAAGACAAGGAGCAGCAUUUCAUCUUCAGUCAGCAGGGCAGCCACCUGGAGAGCAUGCGCCUGCCCCUGGUCUCCACCAAGGAGCAUGACACGUUGAAGAGCCCUAUCUUUACCCCCACCACGGGGCGCCAGGAGCAUGGCCUGCUCAACAUCUUCCACGCCAUGCAGGGCGCCGCCCACCUGCACAUCCUGGUGGUCAAGCAGUACGAGAUGCCCCACUACAGGAAGUACUGGCCCAACCACAUCCUGUUGGUCCUGCCUGCCAUGUUUAACAGCUCGGGAGUCGGCGCGACUCGCUUUAUGAUCAAGGAGCUGUCCUAUCACAACCUGGAGCUGGAGAGGAACCGACUGGAGGAGCAGGGAGUGAAGCGGCAGGACGUCUGGCCCUUCAUCGCCAUGAUGGACGACUCGUGUGUGCUGUGGAAUGCCCAUGGCCCGAGCCACGAGGGAACCAGCGACACGGCGGACUCGGGCGCCGGUCUUACCAACGUGUCCUUGAAGAUGGUCCUGAAGCACAUGGAGACCACGCCCAAGAUCGUGCAGUAUGCCGUGUGUGGCGUCCGCAAGUGGAGCAGCUCUCUGGCCCGCCGGCCGGCUAGCCCCGCCUUCUCCCGCUGCCAUCUCCACGACUUCAUCAUGCUCAACGUUGACCUCACCCAGAACGUCCAGUAUGACCUCAACAGGUACAACUGCGAGGAAGUGGACUUCAACCUGCGGGUCAACAGCAGUGGUCUGCUCUUGUGUCGUUUCAACCACUUCAGCCUGAUGAAGAAGCACAUUCCAUUUGGGGGACACAAGGACUUCCUGGUCAAACCCAAACUGAUUGUUCGUCUCCCCUCUUGCACUGGCUUGGAGAACCCAGCCCCCAUCAGCCCGGCCCAGUACGUGUGCGCCCCAGACAGCGAGCAGACCCUCCUGGCCGCCCCGGCUCAGUUCCUCCUGGAGAAGUUCCUCCAGAGCUGCAGCAGCAGGCUCUUCCCCAAGGCCGUCAACAACGGCAGCAACCCAGUGCUGUCCAUCGACAGCUACCUCAACAUUGGCCAGGAGGUAUCGGUGUGUUACGUGAGUUCUCGUACACACUCCACCAACCUGGACCAUCAGGGCCUGGUGUUCAGUGGGCUGCUCCUCUACCUGUGUGACUCCUUUGUGGUCUCCAGCCUCCUCAAGAAGUUCCGCUUCCUCAAAGGUGCCACGCUGUGUGUGAUCUGCCAGGACCGCAGCUCCCUGCGGCAGACCAUCGUCCGACUGGAGCUGGAGGACGAGUGGCAGUUCCGUCUGAGGGACGAGUUCCAAACAGCCAACUGCAGUGAGGACCGGCCUCUCUACUUCCUGACUGGCCGUCACAUUUGACCAGGGCGACCCGGAGCAGCCCUGGCCUGACCCCCCACCCCCAGACAGCAGGCAGGCCGGAGGACUCCCACUGACCCCAGAGUGGGCAGCAGUCAAGAUUCGAAACGUCCACAGUGAGAGAGGGGGAUAUUGGGGCAUGUGGCCAUGCGACGUGGCUGGGACCUUACCCUCUGAUAUCUCUCCUCCUCCACAACCACGACCAUAGGGCACUAUGGAACAGAGGGCUUCAGUGCCCGUCUUAUCUGGAACUUUGAUUUAGCCCGCCCCAAUCUGAGCAUGUCACGAACUCAAAGACUUUGCUGCUUAUUUUGGUUGUAUUUUCUGCAAAAAGAAUGGACUCUCAUCGAUAACGUGACUCAUUUGAGCGUGGCCGUGGUUCCUUGUGUGUGCCUGGACGUGCAUGUCUAUCUCAGGGUUUUGAAAUGAGAGGGAAAAACUAGACGUAUGUUCUAAGAGGUAAACCGACAGUUUCCCUCAGUCUACGUUGUAAAGAUGUCUUUUCUUACGAGCCAAAGUCGAUACCCUUUACAAGCCCCACCAAAGACGGCCUCUCUGCACCUUGCCCUCAGUCUCUACGGAGAACGUACUCCCCUCUGCUCAUGCUCCACCCUUCAACCUCUGGCAUAUAUAUUUUCUGUGUGCGCCAGCAGUUAGGCUUCAACAUUACAGUUGCCUAAAUGUCAGGAUGGCCCUGGUAUCUUGGACUUCUAGCAUUGCAUUCAUGGUCUUUUAGGUUUAAAUGUACCAGUUUAGGAUUGGACAAAAGUUGAUCUGAACAAAUCAUUACUGGCAGAUGUGAUUUUGACCAAGAAAUGGAGCGAGGGCGAGCCAGAGCUGAACCAAUCAGAAGCCCCUUAGUUGCAGAUGCAAACAUGCCAUGGAUUUACAAUAAGCACCGGUACAAUCUCCAGAGCAUGCCUCCGUAGCAUUUUUGAGUGAGGUAUGCCUGAUAGUAUGAAUUGCUGUUGACACUACCCAUAUACCUUAAUGUAGUCUUAACUGACAGGGUUUCUCCCUCAAACCAAGGAUAAUCAAAGAACAGUUAUGCUGUUAUCAACAGAUGACAAGGUCAAUUCAUAUACUUGAAAGCGAGUAGGAAUGUUUUUAUAUAUUACUGCACAGGGUUGUCCAAAGAAUAUGCCUUAUAUGUGAUGGUGUUGUUACGUAGAUUUGACUGAUAGUUUGAGUCGCUCCUUCACGGACCAAUCAGAAUGGAGAAUCAUUGUGGAGUGUGAAGAAGCAUCAAUUCUGGGCAUGGGGAAGAGUGAAGGGAGAUUUAGGACUACUGUCUGUUGUGAAAAGCUCUGUUUACAUUAUUAAUAUAUUAAUUCAACCUGAUCCCAACAGAGGGUUACUGAUAUUUUUAGUAUUGCGUCACUUUUAUCAGUAUUUUGGAACAUAAUGUCUUUUCUGCAUUCUGGGUUUACCAAGGCGAAAAGAGUCUACCUAAGAUGUAUUCUUACCAUGUGUCUGGAUCCCUCACCAUUGGCGUGUUGGAUUUUUAUUGAAAAUGAAAAUCGGGUCCUAAUACGAGGGAUUCUUAUUUAUUCGACAAGCAUUUUGGACUGAUAAUCAUUUUGAAGUGUAAUUUUGAUUGCAUGGUGAGCUAGCUAAUGUCUAGGGAUUGUGCACUCUUCAACAUUGUCCCAGGAGACUUUGCACAAAACCCAAGAGAAUAAGUCUUAUAUCUACUGAAUGUUGAAGCAGAAGGAAAUGUGAACUUGCACUAUACAACUUGCCAGCAGCAAAAAUUAUUGAUCACUGAAACGUUGAACAAAGACACCCCAAAAAUAAUAAUUGAUUACUCCACUGGUAAAAGACAGUCAGUGUUGAUGAACUCCUUUGACCUAUAGAAUGUGUAUUGUUUGUAGAUAAUUGAACACAUAACUUAUGCAAUUUGCUUCUCUCAAUCUUCACUGAAGCAUCAUGUGUUGUGCGUGUGUGUCUUAAUAGAGGCUUGUGACCCUGUAGAAUCCCAGUGAUCUACCUCAUGUUCGCUGUUGUGGGCUGUGAACAUGUGAACUUUGGUAACAUGCUUUUGUCUUUGGAAAUUAUUGAAUGUAAUAAAGUGACAUUACAAUUGUA